AUGGGUAAUGUCGCAUCUUCCUCAGGUGGGAAGCCAGCAGUUGCUGGCGAGGCAGCAGCCAACCUAGGGGUGGCCACAGCCCCUGAAUGUGCAGCACCAGGUGGGCACCUUGCAACAACUGGGGAUGAUGUAGCCGCCAGGGGGUCAGCAACUGCUGUGAGCACUGCAACAGCAGUAGGGCUGGCCACUGCCUACGAACGUGCAGCAACUGCUGAGGGGCCCACAAUCAAUGGCGAUCCAGCAACAACCACCUCCGGGGCCGCUGGGGGGCCUACAGCAACUGGGGGCACCACAACCCCCCACAGGCCAGCAGCAGUGGGGAUGGCAGCAGCCCCCUCCGCAGCAGCUGGGGGUGCCAUUAGAGCAGCCGAUGAGAUCGGUGGGGUUCGUACAGCAAUUGGGGGUGCCAUAGCUGCCGGCAAUGCAACAACAGCUGUGGGGGUAGCAACAGCCCCCGGGCAUGCAGCAACUGCUGGGAGGCUUGCAGCAACUGGGGAUGUGGCAGCCGCCAUGCGGGGGGCCAGCAACUAUUGGGGAUGCAACAUCUGCAGUGGGGAGGCCAGCAACCACUGA